AGAAUGUGGUACAGAGCAUCACACAACCACGACACCUCCGUGAGUCAACAUGAAAGCGUUCUUGGUAUUAGCGGCCGUUGCGGCUAUCGGCUCAGCUCGGCCUGAGGCGGGAUACAGUUACAACGCCCCAGGCGGAGGCGGCCUCAGCGGUGGCCACGGAGGCAUCGGCGGAGGCAUCAGCCUCGGCGGCGGGCACGGCGGCGGCGGCUUCUCCUCCGGCGGUCUGAGCUCCAGCAGCUUCGGAGGCGGCCACGGAGGCGGACUCGGCGGUGGAUUCUCGUCAGGAGGCGGCGGCUUCUCGUCCGGUGGCUUCACCUCCAGCGGAGGCGGCGGCGGCUUCGGCGGCGGAAUCGGCGGCGGUAGCGGCUUCGGCGGCGGAAUCGGCGGAGGAUUCGGCGGCGGCGGCAUCGGCGGAGGAUUCGGCGGCGGCGGCGGCGGCUUUGGCGGCGGUGCUAUUGUCCAGAAGCACAUCUACGUCCACGUCCCUCCCCCAGAACCCGAAGAACAACGCCCACAAAUCAUCUCCGGCGGAUCCAUUCCCCAGAAGCACUACAAGAUCAUCUUCAUUAAGGCCCCAGCACCUCCCGCACCCCUCACCCCCAUCAUCCCCGCUCAGGCCCAAAACGAAGAGAAGACCCUCGUCUACGUGCUGGUCAAGAAACCCGACGAUCAACCCGACAUCACCAUCCCAACUGUUGCACCCACUCAACCCUCCAAACCCGAAGUAUACUUCAUCAAAUACAAGACCCAGAAAGAGGGUGGUAUCGGCGGUGGUAUCGGCGGUGGUCUCGGCGGUGGUCUCGGCGGUGGUCUCGGCGGCGGUCUUGGCGGUGGUCUCUCCGGUGGCGGCAUUGGCGGUGGUCUCUCGGGCGGUAGCAUCGGCGGUGGUAUCGGAGGUGGACUCAUCUCAGGAGGCGGACACGGUGGAAGCAUCGGCGGUGGCCUUAUCUCCGGUGGAGGACACGGUGGCAGCAUCGGCGGUGGCAUCAUCUCCGGCGGCGGUCACGGCGGCGGCUCCUCGGGCUCAGUCAGCUCGUCCUACGGCCCCCCCGGCCACUCCGGCGGCCCAUAUUAAAACGCGCCCCGCGUGCCAGCGAGUAACUUGUGAUAUCUGCUCAGCCGACAAAUCUAGUAUUAAGUAGUGAAAAAAUUACGGUGCCUAAAUGUAUUUAUGUAAAUAGUAAUUUUAAUGAAUUAAUUUUAGUUGUACUAUAAAGUCUUUUUUGCAUAAAAAACUCGA